AUGGUCGCUCCUAUGCGGAAUCCGAAGGACUCUAUGAAGUCGACCUGGCGCCAGGAUCGUUCGCAAUGGAAUUUUUCACAUCUGUUCCUCGACUUCCUCAACAUCCACCACGUCGAUCUGGACAAAAAGGUCCCAGUGCAUGCGAAAACCGACAAAGUUCCUUACGUGCCUGAAUGGCGUUUCGAGCGCUGGGUGAUUAUCCACGCCCUCAUCCCGCUCGCCCUCCACCAAGCUCUUAAUACAUAUCUGGGUUACAACCUUCCAACCUGGGCGGCACUUCUCUUUUACCAUAUUUCAAUGGUUGUGGUCUCCAUUCGAGAGAUUCAUCUUCUCAAGGGUUUAGGCCACAAAUAUGGGUACUUUGACGGGGAUAAACAUGAGCGCGAUGGAGUUCCCGACUCCGCAGUGUUCAAGACUCUUCAAUCUAUCCUUUUAACGGUCUUCCUCCGUCCGACCAUGCUUAUGAUAAUUGCAUAUCGAGCGGACCAAGGGCCGUCGACGAUUAAUUGGAUGUGGCUUCUACCCGAAGUCAGCAUCUAUCCAAUUGUGCUCGAUUUCUGGUUCUACUGGUAUCAUCGCCUGAUGCAUGAUAACGCUUCCCUCUGGAAGCUCCACCGCACCCAUCACCUCACAAAGCAUCCGAACCCGCUUUUGACCCUCUUUGCCGACGGUAUCCAAGAGAUGGGGGAUAUGUUGGGAAUUCCCUUGAUGACAUACGGCUCUAUGAAGCUUCUGGGCUUUCCGAUGGGCUUUUACGAAUGGUGGGUCUGCGCCGAAUAUGUCAUGUUCACGGAGAUUUUUGGGCAUAGUGGCUUAAGGGUUUCUGCGGCCACGAUGAAUCCCUUGACCCCGCUCUUCCGACUGUGCGAUGUGGACUUGACUAUUGAGGAUCAUGACCUCCACCACCGCAAGGGCUGGAGAAGCAGUUACAACUACGGCAAGCAGACUCGGAUCUGGGAUCGGCUUUUUGGCACAUGUCACCCCCGUCUUGAGAGCUACGAGGAGAAUGUCGAUUACGUCAACACUGUCCAGAUCCCAUUACUCUAA